UAUAUCUUUGUUUAUUUGAAGACUUUCAUAUCUUUUCUUUUAUUUGAAAGUCGUCAAGAAGCUAUGGUACCUCCUCCACCAAUCAUUAUUGAUGCCCAAGCGGUGUCUGGUAUCACUGGUUCCAUUUCACUUGCUUGUUGGAUUAUUGUGUUUGCUCCGCAAAUUUAUGAAAAUUUCCGUAGAAAAUCUUCUGAAGGGUUAUCACUUUCUUUCAUUAUCUUAUGGUUAGCAGGAGAUGUUUUCAAUGUCCUUGGAUCUGUUCUUCAAGGUGUCUUACCAACCAUGAUCAUUUUAGCGGUGUAUUAUACUUUGGCCGAUAUUGUCUUAUUAUGGCAAUGUUUAGUAUAUGGAAAUGGUGAAAAUGCUGACUUAAUUCAUUUAUCUCCAGCUAAUCCAAUGAGUGAAGAUGUUUUAGAAACAGUUUUAUCUCGUGAUUCUGCUGGUAGAAGAGCAGGAUUUUCUGAUGAAGAAAAUGAUGAUUCUAUUAUCAAUGGCAGUAAUAAUAGCAAGGACUAUAAGAUGUCUAGUACCAAAUCUUUCUGUAUUCAAUUUUUGAUGGUCUUUUUGGUUAUUUCUGCAGGUCUUGUAGGUUGGUAUGUUUCAUAUAUUAACCAAGCUAAACAUCACAAAAAGCAUCCAGAUCAUGGUAAACCUGAAUUAGUUUACGAUUCACUUGCUCAAUUCUUUGGAUGGCUUUGUGCCUUCUUAUAUUUAGGAUCAAGAAUUCCUCAAAUCUUACUUAAUUAUAAAAGAAAAUCUUGUGAUGGUAUUUCAUUUAUGUUUUUCCUUUUUGCUUGUUUAGGAAACCUUACUUAUGUGAUUUCUAUCUUGGCCAUUGACAUGAGCUGGUAUUACUUAUGGGUCAAUUCUUCUUGGCUUGCUGGUUCCUUUGGAACUUUGGCCCUUGAUUUUACUAUUUUUGUUCAAUUCUUCUUAUACAAUGAAAAUGAAAUUUAUGAAGAAGAACUGGAAACUUUAAUUGAAGAUCAACAAACUUAUGGAUCUAUGCAAUAG